AUGCAUCUCUGCGUAACAUUUCUUCUUUGUGCCGUUGCGUACGGCAUUGGCCGCAUUUCAGAGCCAGAUCUGAGAGCUGUUAACUUUGCCGGCAAGAUAGAAGGAAAAAAGCUGAACGGAAGCCUGAUAAGAGAAAUAGAAGUGGAUUCGGAAAGUUCCUGUCAGCUUGAGUGUGUAGAUGAAGAGCGAUGUCAGUCUUACAACUUUGGAACCAUAGAGGGCAACUCAGGGAAAUUCAGAUGUGAGCUAAGCGACUCUGAUCGAUUUGUUGGAUUAGCUAACUUUACCAAGGAUGAACAUUUCAUUUACAGAGGAAUAAUGAGCACCUGCGAGGAAGAUGAUCCUUGCAAGGAGAAUGAAACUUGUGUUGUUGACUACAAAUCAAACACUCAUUUUUGUAAGUGUAUUAGAGAUUGCCCUAAGAACUGUCUUGACUAUUAUCAAAAUGGUUCCAAAACUGACGGUGUGUACUGGGUUUACCCUGAUGAAGAAGAACCCUUUCAAGUGCCGUGCGACAUGACGACUGAUGGCGGAGGAUGGACCAUCUUUCAAAGGCGCAUGGAUGGCUCCGUGGACUUUUAUGUCGACUGGGAAUCAUACAAAAGAGGCUUUGGAAAUCUGGAGGGCGAGUUUUGGCUCGGGAACGAUUAUCUUCACCUUCUUACUGAAUCUGCCAGCAUGGUGUUUCGAAUUGAUAUGGAGGAUUAUGAAGGCGACCGAAGAUUUGCCGAGUACACGACUUUCGCUGUGGCCGACGAAAGCGAUAAUUAUCGGGUGACAAUCGAUGGAUACCGAGGCACCGCAGGCGAUGCAUUGCUAUCUCUCGGUAGGCCUAUCAGAGACAUGAGGUUUACAACCAAAGACAAAGAUAACGACGUUAGUACUGGUGGAAACUGUGCGUCAAGCUUUAAAGGUGGCUGGUGGUACAGCUACUGCCAUAAUGCCAAUCCAAAUGGUUUGUACAAAGGCGGAGGUAACGCCCAAGGUAUUACAUGGCAGUCAUUUCGAGGACAAUUCUAUUCUUUAAAGCACACCGAGAUCAAAAUUCGACCAGCAUGGUUUCAUUUGUGAUAGUUGCGUCUUUAAGCUAACAGAAAACUGUAGCUUCUAAUUAAGAAUUAAAGAUAUCUGUUUUGCGUACUGUUAUAAUUCUUAAUUAAAUUUGUGAUGAUUGUAAUAUACAAGU